AUGCUUCUCUUUUCUUCCCCAUUUUGUCGGGAAAAAACCUACGAUCUCUUCCGGGGAAGAACCAUCCAAACCCUCAUGACUUCAGAUUAUGCUUUAAAACUUUCGGCUGAGCUCGAAUCAGUUUCGCGUGUAAGGGCCGCACAGUUCUUUGUAACACAAAGACCAUGGCUUGAUCUUUAUGGGGUUAAUGUUAGACCUGUUGCUCCUUUUGGGAGUGCAAGCAGUAAGCCAUUUGUUGAUCCUGCACUGAUACACCGAUGCUUGCCUGAUGAGCUACUCUUUGAGUUCUCUGGUGUGGUGGAAAAUUAUAGGGCUUUGCAUUUGAGAUAUGAUGGUUCAUGGAGGAAGAUGUGGCUUUUAAGACCGAGGAUCCGUACUGAUGGUCUUUAUGUCAGUAGGAACACCUAUAUUCGUGCCGGAGUAGCUGAGUGGAAGAUUACCAAUCCCGUUCAUGUGGUCUGCUAUUUCCGCUACUUGAGAUUUUAUCCUUCUGGCAGAUUUCUCUAUAAGAAUUCAUCACAAAAAGUGAAGGAUGUGGCAAAAUGCAUGAAUUUCCGUGCAUCUAAAGUAGACUGUGUCUUCGGUGGCCACUACACAUUGUCUGAGGACAAGGUUGAAGCUGCACUUUUGUAUCCUGGCUUGCGUCCAACUGUUUUGAGAAUCCGCUUAAGGUUGAGGGGGACAACAGCAGGAGCUAACAAUCGGAUGGAUCUACACUCACUUGUUACGAGUGGUGUGAAUGAUAACGAGGCUAAUGGCCCUGAUGAGGACAUUCUUGGAGUAGUUGGAGGGUGGCAGGAGGACGAAACUCACAACCCAGAUGUUCCUGCUAUUUCACACAAGAGGGGUCUAACACCUUUUGUCUUUAUUCCAUUCGAGGAGGUGGAAACGUCGGUUCUGAAUCUGCCUGUGGACAGAAUGGAUUAUUAUGUUCCGGGCUGA